AUGCCUUCCAUAACCAGCAGUCAGUCAGGUGUCCGGUUGGGUGUAACGCAUAACGCUGGGUUGCCGGUUGGUGGUUUUGCGAAACUUUUUCCCACGCUUUCACGUGACCCGGUUGUUGGUCGUGCGAGUACAGUAUCUGCAAGGAGACCCGAGUCGGCAUCGGCAUCCCACUCCGUUUCUAGCCCGCCCUUUGCUUCAUCAUCUUCGGGGUCGCAUGCAAGCCGAGGCCCUCGAGUGCGCAAAGCUGUCGGGCGUUCUCGGGAUUUGUACAAUUCUGGAAUUCGAAGGUGUUGGCCCAUUUGUGCAAGUCACCUGACGGAUUUUGAUGAAUGUCCACCUGAGUGCCUUCACGCAGAGGCCUAUGCAGCGGACAAGAAUGGUCUCCUUACACUAUUAAUUCAAAGAAGCCUGACCACGAUCGGUUCAGGGUUGCCGGACCCCGGCAUUCCAUUGCGCUCUGCUAUUCCUCAGUUUGUCCUCAACGACGUUAACGACAAGGGCGAACCAAAGGAACUCGCCAUCAGCGGAACACGGAUGGCUGCACUUUUGCCGCGAUUCCUCAGGCUAUCUGCCUUCGUCGCUCGAGAACUUGGUUGUGAGAUGCGUGAGCAGCGGCAGCAAUUCGCUGAUGUGAAGGCCGGGACUGUCAUACCUGCGGAGCACUUCUAUUGCUGA